GGUUUCCAGUACGCAUCUGUCACGCAGCGGCUACAAUGAAGUUUACGUUAGGAUUGAUUGCUAUUUUGGCCAUUGCGAAUCUGGGACAAGCUUACUCGGUCUUGGAUUUCAGCAAGAAAUUGAUAAUAGAAAUGGAGCAAAAUUCAGAAGAAGAUAUUGAAAAAAGACUAGAACUAUUUGAAGAACUAAUGGACUUCUUCUAUCUUGUCAAUCGGUCGAAAGAAUUUAGUGACAUAUUAGAGGAUUAUCUAAUUGAAGAUUUGAAAAUAGAACAAGCUAUAUUAUUUCUUUUUACAAAUGAAUUCCACGAUCUGUUAAGUGCUCUCGAAGCUCUUAAGGAAUUUCAAGCAUUGGUAGUAUAUCUAGAUAAGGCUGGACUCAUUAUUGUUGAACUUAUCCAAGAAUUUCAUACAAGCUUCCGCAUGAAAGAUUAUGUACCACCCAAGAUAGAAGGCUUUUUCAAGUCUCUAAUUAAGACGCAAAAGAUCAGUGAUGGAAUGGAAGGAAUGAUUAAGGAUCUUUAUAAUGCACUACCUUUGGACAAAAUUGAUGCUCGUUACGAAGAAACGUUGAGGACUUCGAAAGUUUAUGCUGAUUUUAUUACGAAAGUUACGUCAAAGGAGAUGGAGAAAAUCAUCAAUGAUCUAAUCGCUCAUAAAACCUACAAGGAAUUUAUUACAAAGACCAAAGAAAAAGGUUGCGAUUUUGAAGGGUUAUCAAUUCUUAAUGCAAGAAUAAUUGGCAUUAAAAUAGAAAAAUAAAAUCAGCUAAUCUACUGAACAUUUUCUGCUUGUAAUUGAUUCAAAUAAAUUAUUUGUUAAUAAAAUAACGAAAUAGAAGUUACUAAUAUAAUAAUUAUUGCAUCUGACCUACCAAUAAAUGUAUUAAAUGAAAUAAACAACUUAUUUUUUUCUUCUCUUAUAUGCCUUUAAAUGUAAUUAAAUAUUCUCGGAAAGGAAACUUCACGGGUAGGAAAUAGAGGAGAAAUAGAGAUAACGAAUUUUUUAUAUUUUCUUUACAUCUUUAAUAUGAUAUGUACACACACAUUACA